UCCUUUCGGUGAACAUCAGGUAGCUCCAUAUACGGGUUGGAGAGGCACUUCGUGGCCACUCUGGCACUGAAUCUGCUAGGGCGCACAGAGGGGCAGUGCCAUGCACACUCCUGACUAUGCUCUGCUCCUGAGCGAAGGGAACCAGUCUAUGGUCUUCAAUACCGGUGGUGACCUAACUAUGGAGAAACCUGGAAACAACACCGUCCACACGAACGGAUCCGAUCCAUACGCGCGAAAUGAGGAGGUGGCCCAGAUUGAGAUCAUGGUCCUGAGCAUCACCUUCGUGGUUGCUGUGGUGGGGAAUGUGAGCGUCCUGCUGGCAAUGUUCAACACGAAAAAGAAGAUGUCGCGGAUGCACCUUUUCAUCAAACACCUGAGCCUGGCUGACCUGGUGGUCGCCUUCUUCCAGGUGCUGCCACAGCUCUGCUGGAAAAUCACCUUCCGCUUCUACGGUCCAGACUUUCUCUGCAGGAUCGUCAAGCACCUCCAGGUGAUGGGGAUGUUCGCCUCCACUUAUAUGAUGGUGAUGAUGACCCUGGACCGUUACAUUGCCAUCUGCCACCCGCUGAAAACCCUGCAGCAGCCCACGCAGCGCUCAUACAUCAUGAUCGUCUCCACGUGGAUGUGCAGCCUGGUGUUCAGCACUCCGCAGUACUUCAUCUUCUCCCUGAGCCAGAUACAUAACGACUCGAAGAUUCAGGACUGCUGGGGGCACUUUAUCGAGCCGUGGGGCACCAAGGCGUACAUAACCUGGAUAACUGUGGGCAUCUUCCUCAUUCCCGUGGUGAUUCUCAUUAUGUGCUACGGGUUCAUCUGCCACAGCAUAUGGAAAAAUAUCAAAUACAAGAAAAGGAAAACGAUAUCUGGUGCUGCGAGCAAGAACGGAUUGAUUGUGAAGAAUUCAGUCAGCAGCGUGACAACUAUUUCAAGAGCAAAACUGAGGACUGUUAAAAUGACACUUGUGAUCGUGUUGGCGUACAUUGUCUGCUGGGCUCCGUUUUUCAUAGUGCAGAUGUGGUCCGUGUGGGAUGAGAAUUUCCAGUGGGCUGAUUCUGAGAACACAGCAGUGACUCUGUCUGCGCUCCUUGCCAGUCUCAACAGCUGCUGUAACCCUUGGAUAUACAUGAUCUUCAGUGGUCACCUCCUCCAAGAUUUUGUGCACUGCUUCUCCUGCUUCCAAAGAAUGAACACUGACUUCAAGAAGGAGGACUCAGACAGCAGUAUCCGAAGAACAACAUUACUGACCAGGAUGACCAAUCGCAGCCCUACAGGCAGUCAGAAUAACUCGAGAGAGAUGGACUUUUCUCCAAAAUCCUCCAUUCAGGCGGAGUAAAUAUACAGCCAGGCAAAUCUGUUUACUGUCAUGGGAAUGAAAUUAUAUCUGGGAGUGGCAUCAAGGUACACAUACAAAAUCAAGUCUGGGCAUGACUGACAGUUACCGACAUUUCUGCGAAAGUCCACAACUAUAAAGCAAAUCAAGCUUUUUGCAUGGAAAUUUGGAAACAGAGUGAAGAAAUAUGAUUGUGCAACACGGAGAGACAGUACAGACAUGUAUUUAUGUUUACUCGCAGAAUUCUGUGUGCAAAUAUGUUAUAUUUCAAGUAACCUCAGCAUAGCUAUUGCAAAACACGGGAAAGGAACUGAAAAAAUAGUUUUAUUCCCACAUUUUCAAGCUUGUAUGACACCCCAUUUGUUUUUAAAAGCCCAAAAUGCUGAGAAUUGUGUUUAACCUAAUUCUGUUGCAUUCUGUUGAAUUCCUUGAGCAUUUGGCUGCCCCAAUUACUGUGGUCCCAUGAUUUCCCUUUAGAUAUUUUUAGGGGAAAACUAAUUUCCAGGAAAACUCAUGCUCUUAAUGAUGGUUGUGUUUGCAGUGCCACAGAACACCCCUUCCUGUUAGAGUGUUUCCAGAGAUUAAACGUACAUGGCAGCCAGGAGGUGUGUUGUGGUCGAAGCAACUCUUCCAGACCGCCUGCUUUUAAGAAACCGAAGCAGACACCUCAUCCACUCGGGUUCAGCAUUCCAUUUUGUUGUUUUUCUCAGAACCGCACAUCCAGUGGCUUUGAAGUUUCCUUUGACCUGUGACAAAAGCUUUAGGUUACAUAUAUAAAUCAUGCCAUUGCGUGCAACCAACUUUUUUACUAAUUAUUUCAUGCUGCAGCUGGCAGUCCUUUGUGUGGGUCUCUAAAUAUAGCUUUCAUAUUUCAGCACAGACAGAGGGAAACCCCCCCUCAAACAGAAGGACAUUGCAGGGGUCUACCCACCGCCCCACAGACCCCUCCCUCCCACUGCUUUCUCCAAAUGUUGUGGAGAAGCUCACACAUUCCACACUCUCAACGUCAACACACUUCCUGAUUUUUCUUUUCUGACAUCCUGCCUAGUUGGGGGGUCUUUCUUUGGGUUUCAUUUGCACUUCAGACUAAAACAAUCUUCUGCACAUUAAUGCAUAAUAGUUCUUAGACCACUAUGACCACAUAUAUGUUAUAAAGACAUUUCUAUCUGACUGUAAAGUACAUGUGUAUAUAAAAGGGUUGUAAAUAGGAAUAAUAUAUGUAAAUCUGUUCAACAUGAAUUAUAUUUGUCGGUAAUGCUUUGUGUACAUUGAAGAUAAUCUAAAUAUCCUAUAAAUAUAUGUUGCAAAAUACAUAUUGAUGCACUGAUGAUAACUAUAGGACACUGGCGUUUACUCUUGUUAUCACAACCCCAGCACAAAUAGCUGCUUUGUUUAUGUUUCGUGCAGUUGCUACACAACCAAAAAUCUGUGGUGUUGUUUUUGCUGAAAAUUGAGCAAUUUUAAACUUAUAUGUCUAGCCAAUCAAAGCACUAAAAACCUGCCAAGCUCUUGAUUCAUGCCAUUAUUAUGAACUUUCAAUUGCAAACAAAGUAAGGAAUAAGUUAUGUGAAUGGGUUGCUUUUGGUCAACAAGCUGUAGUGUCAACUCUCAAUAAAAAAAACAAAUGUGUAAGCUUGUAAAUCUGUUGAAUGUAUAUCAUCUGUGUAACUUUUAAAAAACACACAAAGAAAGACAGAUCUCUAAAUCAUCAAGGGAAAAUAAAGCCAAAUCUGCAUUGCUCCAUACCCUCAUUUGUGACCCUUUUUAAAAAAAAUUAGUAGUGUGAUUUAGCAACAUCAUUUCAUUUCCUAAUGUGAAAUUAUUAUAGUCCAAUUUUGUUACCAAAUGAUUCUGAAAAAAACAAAUGAUUGACCUCUUUGUGUAAUGCAGUGGUAUCACUUCAUCCAGCAGCUCUUGUGAACUUUAUUGCAUUAGUAAAUAAUUCCUACAACAUUUCUAACAUUAUAAUCAGUAACCAUGCCAUCUUUCCACAGUACUCUACUAAUAUAAAUUCUCCUGGAGAGCUGGAGAUAUCGACCCAUUUCCCUUAUAGAAACUAAACCCCCCUUGAUCCUCCAGGAUUCAGUUUAUCGCCGACCCUCUGACCUUAUAACAUAAAGGUCCUAUCGCACAGUCGUAUGGGAAAUCCUACAGGAAAUAUUGUGAGCUAUUUAAAUAAUGCAUAGGAAGGUAAGGCCUACCAUAGAGGAUAGAGGUGUUUAUUGUAGGCAAUAAAAAAAGAGAAUAAAACAAGCACCAGGCAAUCCCGGCUGGUAUCAACGGGGAUAACGCAGCCCACAUCUCCGCUCCAGGUGCUGUGGAGGGAGUAAAGCUGGAGUUCUGACAGACAUAUCUCAAAUUCCCAGUCUCUGCCUCUCAUUAGACAUGCCAAUCAUUAAGUAACAUGCCUCUGAAAGGCCGGUCAUGCUAACAUUAUCUCAGCUAUGGUUGUCAGUCAGAGUCUAGACAGAGCAAAUACUUAAGCAGACAGUGAUUGAGGUUCUCCAGAGAGUUUGAAAGAAGUUAGAGCCCAAAAGAAUGACAGGUCUUUUCAUUACAAAGGCUCAUAAAACAAGAAGCAUUUGGAUGUUUGAUACGCUCUAUAGAUAUGUAUCUGUUGAUAUGUAUGUAUUUACUGUUUUGUUUAUUGUCUAUUUUAAUUUUGAACUCAAUGCCUUGUCAACAUGCUGCUGUAACACAACUAUUUCCCAAAUUUGGGAUCAAUAAAGGAAAUCUAAUUGUAUCUAA